AAGUAGUGAAUGGGAUGGUUCGUUCCUCAUCCAAUAAUGGGAGGUAUUCCCAAACCAAAAAUAAAGAGGAUGGGGAGAGAGACAUACGUGAGAGUGAGGUUGAUGGAAAAGGCACAUAUUCUGACAUCGAUUUUGAAGAGGAUGACAAGACUGAAAAUAAGAAAUCAUCAUUAUGCUCAUCUGGAAGUUUCUCCUCAGACAGCAGCAAGGAGGAUUCUGAGGGUGACGCAGAAGAAGUGAAAGAAAACAUGAAAGAAGAAAAGGCAGCAGAGGAUACGACAGGGCAGACAGAAGGGGUGGAAGGCACCUCACUGCCUCUAACUGAAAAAGACCAACAGAGUUUUGAAGAGCAAAGUGAAGCAGGGGAUGAUAGUAAUAUAGAGACCAGUUCCCCAGCACCCCCUCAGACAAUAAUGACAGCAGAGGGUGGCGCCGAGACACAUGAAAGCCCUGGCGGUAGCACAGAGAAGACUGAACUUGAACUGUUGGACAGCAGUAAGCAACCUGAGAAGAGGACAGACAAGCGUACUAUUUGUGCCGCAGUAGAUAAAUGUGGCAACGCAGCUAAGACAGAGGAGGAGCUUUCCAGCGUCACAAAGCCUGAGAGGGGUAAGUAUUCAGACCCUUCAGAGCUGUGUGCUGCUGUGCCUGUCACUCAGCUCUGUGUGCUGGUCGUGGGCUCUCCUGUACAGUUGCUUGAAAUCUGUGGGCAUUUGCGUAUUACUAUAUUUUUAACUAAUGUUUAUGAUUCCAGUAUUUUCAGAAUGACUUUUUGGUUUUCAUGUCAUAUUGACCACCUCAGAAUAUGUACAUAUAUGAAUAUAGAUAUACAUAUAUGAAUAUGAGUUACUGUAAGAAUACUGACCUGCAUGUUACAAAUAUUUUCAUUUUGUGUGAUCUGCAGCACAUUACAAUGCAUGAUAUGUGUAACAACAGAGUCAGAAGACCCAAGUGCAGAGCUCCAGUACUUUUAAUACAGAGUCCACAAAUCCAAAACAGAAUCUUCUAGAAUGGUCCAAACACAAGGCAGGGUCAAAGAACUUGGAGGGCAAACAGUAGUCCCAAACAAACAAUCCAAAUCGCCAGACAAAAAGCAGGGUCAAAAGACAGGCAAACAGGAACAGAGCAAAGCACAAACACCAAGAAACCGGUUCAGUAUACGAGUGCAAUACCUCACAAAGAGGUGCCUGAACUGCAGUCCUUAAAUCCCCAGUGGUGAUUAACUGAAUUUGCUGCAGGUGUGGUUAAAACUCAGGCAACUCAGAGCGUGGGUGUGGUUGAACAGGGAGUUGGCUGGAGGUGGGUCUGACAAUAUGUAGCUCAUGGGAAAAUAAUGCAAUGAUACAAUUUUGAAUUGCCAGUAUAAGCCUAUAUUGCAUCAAAAUUUUGUCCUGUUGUUAAUAAUGUUCAA